AUGGCGGCGACCGAUGGUCAGAUCACAGUGGCUGCGGCGCGUUGGGCCGAGGAGGGCAGCUACUUGCGCGAGUUCGUUUCCAAGCAUCGGCUGCCCGCCGUCGUCAAGAUAAUCAAGGGCCAGUACGCCGGCCUGGGCGUCCCGACGCUUCCCAGCCCCGGCCUCCAGAGCGCCCUCCUCCUCGUCUCGGCCGGCAAGCGCCACCAGAUCGUCGCGCAGGCCGUCAAGGUCAAGGAGGGCCGCCGCCUGGCCAGCGUCGGCCCGCGCCUCGCCAUCCCCGCCUCCUAUGCCGGCCUCUUCGAGCUGCUGAGCGAGGAGGGGCGGGCGGUGCGCGGCAUCGAGAGCGUCGCCGAGCUGGCCAAGCGCCGCCCCGAGGAGGGGUGUCUGGUGCGCGAGCCGAUGCGCGGCGUGCAGGCAAAAGAGGGGGUAGAUGGUACUGUGACGCCGGAAGGCGCCAGGACCAUUCCCGCAGGUGAAAUACUAGUCCCUACCGGCGAUGCCGUUUUACCCGGCUCUAAGGGCCGAUACCUUAAGUGCCUUGAUAACAGGGGAGAUACCAUUCUCCUGGGAAUGGAACAACGAGGGAAAUUUUCCGCCUUAGCUAGAGAAGAUAACAUCAGCGGUGUUCAUACAGCGAAAAACCUCCUAAGUAAAAGGCUGCCCCUAACAGUUAGACUGGUGCACGGCACGGCGCCCCGCGGCCUCAAGAGCCCCGGCCACUUCGCUCCUGAACUGCGCCUGCUAUCCGUCUUCGAGGAGGAGCACGUAUUUGCGCUGCCGCUGCAGAAGGAGGCCCACUCGGUGACCGCGCUGCCGCUAGCUGCGCCGCUGAAGCUGCUGCGCGCGCGCAACGACGACCAGCUGCGCGCGACUCCCGAGUUUGGGCGGCUGGUGGAGAGGGCAGGCCGGCUGGCAGCCGAGGUGGCCGACCGGAUCCAGGUGCUGGAGGGGAAGCUGGGGGAGGCAAAGAAGGGGGCGGCCGGGCAGGAGCUGAAGAAUGGGUUUCUGCUGCGACGUAGUGCAUCUUCAGAUUCGGCAAACCAUCGAACCAAACAUUCGCACCAUCGAAGAGAAGAGAACCGCAUUCCGAUCCACUCGAAAGAUUACGACGAAAUCGACCAAAUAUACGACUACGUCCGCGGAUUCGCUCCCCUCCCCAAAAACAUCAAGUCCCCCUUCUCCGACCCCUCCCCCUCCAUCACCUCCCACAGCUCCACGCCCCCCAUCUCAGAUCUCACGAAACCAGAACCUCCUCCAAUCGAAACCAUCCCGACGAAGAAACUCCAAGCCGAGAAGAGGAACAGGAAGUCCGCUUCCAUGAAGGAGGAUCCUCCCAAGGCCGAGGUACACGUGCAGAGAACUCCUCCAGGUCUGCCCAAACUCUACGUCAAAAACGGUCAUUCGCAGCGAAGUAGGUUGCUGAGGCAGAAGUCCGCAUCGCCCAUGAAGGAAACUCCCCCAAGCCCCAUGUCGAAGUCGGGUUCUCCGUUGUUCAACAUCCGGUAUAAGUCUCUCAACAACUUGGCCCAAGCCAUGGAGCUGGACGGUACUCUGGACUCCAGCAAUUCAGGCGGACGCGCGUCUGGAGACUCUGCUGGCCAGAAGCAGCCAGAGAAGAGGUCCAGGAAGAUAUCGAGGCCGAGAAGUCUGACUAAUUUAGUGUGGGAGAUUCGAGAGCAUCCCGAUAUAUCGAUGCCGAUGAUGGAGAAGAAGAAAGUCGAUGCGGCGGCCAUAGUUUAUAAGAAAAAUUCGAAAUAUUCAGUCAAUGGCCAGAGGCGUGGUACGCUUUAUUUAUAA